GCAUCCGCUGCAUUUUGGCAGAUAUUCCAAGACUUCGCGAGUUACUCUCACCGUUAUCAGCUUUUUCCGCCAAGUGUUAAAAUAGUGUCGCUUUACAAAUUCUAUGCGGCUGCUUCUUCUAAUUCACUCUCUGGCAUCAUGAGUUCCGAAGCAGAUUUUAAGCUUGCGGCUGCUGCGGCUGGGUUCACUAUAGGCUUUGGCAUCCUGACAGUUUGGGAGGCUGUUAAGCAGACGAAAGUUGUGAGGUAUCCACUUCGAAGCCACUACGUCUAUAUGAUAUGGGGUGAGAUUCUGGUAAAUCUUGCGAUAGGGAUCAUUGCGUGGCUGCUUGUAGACGGGGUAGUCGCUCCUACUAUCCCAAUCCUCUUCCUAGCUCUCUUUCUAUGGGUUUUCGAAAUUCAACUCCUAAUGCAAAUUAUCAUCAACAGAACUGCCAUUAUUGUUGAUGACCUUCGCCUGCUAGCAAGAAUUAAAUGGGGAACUGCAAUCGUUAUUAGCAUUAUUCAAAUCAUUGUAUUCUGCAUCUGGAUUCCGGCGCAUUCUUCUCAUCCUCCAAGUCCUAUGUUUGGUAAGAUAAACAAGUACUGGGAUCCGACAUCCAAAUCCCUUAUUUGCGUUAUCGAUGCUGCCCUAAAUUAUUACUUCAUUCGGAGCGUUAAAGAGCGACUUGUCAAAUACCAUGGAUUAGUUAAAUAUGCUCCUCUCGUCUCCUUCAAUGCACGUUUGCUAGUCGUCUCAGUGUCUAUGGAUGUUAUGCUCAUUGGCCUCAUGUUCCUCCCAAACGGCUUGGUCUACACGCAAUUUCACCCUGUGGCAUACAUGGUCAAGCUCAACAUUGAAAUGACCAUGGCCUCGCUCAUCAAGAAAAUAGCUCUAGCCUCCACCGCCUCUGAGCGUGACGGAUUAAGUUCAUGUCACGAAUAUGCCGUGGGGGAAAGUUCCAACAGCAAUAACGGCACGCAAGCCAUAAAAUCUAGCAACCUCUCCGAGGUUGGAAAAAAAUCAAAUGGAAACAUCGAGCUUAGUGAUUACGAUAUUAAUAAAAAGACUGUGGCGAAUGUGUCAGUUGAGGACGGCGAGUCUAGUGAUGGAGAGAGUCUUCCUAAUCAGAGCACUUUUUACAAUACAUUUGAUCAGCGACCGCAUGAGAGGGGGAUACCGAAGCGGCGAAGCGAUGAUGAGAUCUCUCUGCGUCCUUGAGAAUUAGCGCUGGCGCUUGUCAUUUGAACUUAAUAAGGAAAUACCAAGGUGUGCAUUCGGGA